ACAUGUAACUAUUGCCUAUGUAGUCUGUCUUCAAGACAGCACUAAAGACAGAGAACUCAAACUGGUUGUUUGAAUAGUGGCGUUCCAAUGAUGGUGUGACUUUGUAAGUAGGCCUAAUUUUUACAAGAUAAUAGUUGUAGAAACAUUUCCAGGCUACUUGGUGAGAUCUCUCAGAGCACACCACAAGGGCAUCCUUGUGAGUGCCAGUUUAUUUUCAAUUGAAGAGGAGAUUGAAAAUGGACUCCUUUUACCUCCUCCUCCUUCUGCUCUUCCUAGAAGUCUCAGGGAACAUGCAGCCAAAGAUCCUCACUCCACAAAAUGGUGAAGUCAUAGAAGUGACACUUGGCUCCCAUACAGAGAUUGUCUGUAAUAGUAGCAUAAACACGGACUUGGAUAGUGAGGUGUAUUGGAUGAAGACAAUGAACACGACAAUGACCUUUCUGGACGAGAACGAGAUGCUCCCUAUCUUCUACAAGGAGCAGAAUGGUUCGGCAACCUUGACCAUCAGGGAAGUAUCUGAGGAUGCCCUGGUCUUCAACUACACCUGUAUUCUCACUACCACCGGGGGAAAGGAUCUAGCAUCGAUCAGCCUGAUACUCAAGGCCCCCCCACCCUUGUACAUCCUGGUCGUUGGUCUUCCAGUGCUCUUGGUGGUUGUGGUCGUCAUGUCGAUAGUCAUAUACGUGACACUGAGGGUGGAGAUCGUUCUGUUUGUACGGGACAGGCUGGGUUUCCAUGGAAGGACCUCAGAUGGAAAGAGCUACGAUGCCUACAUAAUGCCUUUUGAGGGCCCCAGAGGAUUGGGGCUUACUGCACAAGACCAGAGGAUGCUGGAGGCUGUGCUAGAAGAGGAGCUGGGAUACAGCCUCUGUCUUUACCACCGAGAUGUCCUGCCUGGGCAAGCUGUGGCCAAGGCAGUUCUGGACUGCAUAGAACAAAGUCGCAGGCUGGUUCUGGUCCCCUGCUCUCUGAACCAAGGCCAGAACCAGGACCAGGGCCAGGGUCACAACCAGGACAACAGCAGCAAGGUUCAUCAUGGGCUCCUGAGUGGUCUAGAUGCAACUCUGGUGGAGUAUCAGACCCAACUGAUCCUGAUCCAGACAGAAGCUCCACAUUCAGACAGCCACACUGACCAGGACCAGGCCCAUCUCCCAGAAGCAGUGCAUCUGCUAGCCCAGGCUGGCCACACGGUCACGUGGCGUGGCUCCUCUUCCAGCCCACUCUCCUCCCCCUUCUGGAAGCAGCUACGUUUCUCCCUGCCCUCCAAACGUAGGCAGCGACCCCCACACACACCUUUGUCCUGCCGCCCCUGCUCAUGUCUGGGUCCUAGCUCUCCUCUUGAGCACCAGUAGCAGUUCUGGAGAUAAUGGGAAUUUUCUGUCAUAUUUGAUGCUUUGAGGCUCAUCAAUAACAUAUACUACACUCACUGACAGUGGCUGACACAAACACUUGAAAGAUAGUAAUUAGAAAACCUUAACAUGUUCAAGUCUUUUAUUUGUCAGGUACACAGAACAACACAAGGUUAGACUGGGCACUGAAAUUCUUAAGACAAG